UAUUAUAUAGAUUAUACUUUAAUUACAGUGCAGUUCAACAAUGUAGUGCAAAGUUUUUCGAUAGCAUACUUACGUCCUGUCCGCGUCAAUGUCAAAGUCAAAACUGAUAGCAGGCUGUCAAAAUUGAAUGUACAGGGGCCGUUUGAGAAUUGACUUGUUGUUAUUAUUUUGUAUUUAAUUUAAUUAAAGUCAAGGCAGUGUUAAAGUUACAAGAAUGUUUUCAACGAGCUCUCAAAGAAAGUUCUGGACUUUUAGCGACGAGGGUGAACUGGCCGUUUUGAGAGAUAAGCAUAACCUUAACUAUAUUGCUAAACAUGGAACUCAUAUUGACGAAUAUCAGAGGUACAAUUUCUUUUUAUCUCCUGAUGAGGAGAGACUUCUUCUGAAACAGUAUGAGCUGCAUCUGAAGGAAUUCUGCAAGCGUUUUAGCCCGCCCAUGCCAAAAGGAGUCGUUGGCACUGCAUUCCACUAUUUCAAACGAUUUUAUCUGUACAACUCCACAAUGGAUUACCACCCGAAAGAAAUUCUUGCAACCUGCGUCUAUUUGGCAUGUAAGGUCGAGGAAUUUAACGUGUCCAUUGGCCAAUUCGUCGCUAAUAUAAAAGGAGACAGAGACAAGGCAUCAGAUAUUAUCCUAAACAAUGAAUUAUUACUGAUGCAGCAAUUGAACUACCAUUUGACGAUUCACAAUCCCUUCCGUCCCGUAGAAGGCUUCCUAAUUGACAUAAAAACAAGAUGUUCUCUAGCAAACCCUGAGCGGCUCAGAAGUGGUAUUGAUGAGUUUCUUGAAAAAGUGUUUUUGACUGACGCCUGUCUACUCUAUGCCCCAUCACAGAUUGCUUUGGCUGCAGUUUUACAUGCAGCCAGUAAGGAGCAAGAGAAUCUUGACAGUUACGUAACAGACAUGCUGUUCAGGGAAGCUGGGCAAGACAAACUAGCUGUUCUCAUAGAAGCCGUGAGAAAGAUCAGGUCUUUAGUAAAGAUGGUUGAAAGCCCUGCUCGGGAGAAGGUCAGGGUUAUUGAGAAGAAGUUAGACAGGUGCAGGAAUCAGGAAAAUAAUCCAGAUAGUGAGAUUUAUAAGAGGAGAAUGAGAGAGCUCUUGGAUGAAGAUGAUAUUCCUCACACUGGAUCCAGCAGAAUGUCAUUGGAUACCAGUGGAAUAACACAAGUUCUGUCUCCAUCAGCAUCAUAGUUUUUAGUUACAUUUUGGGGAUCUUUAAUUGGACAAAUUUUAAUAAGCUAAUGAACAUAAUGUAAUGUAACAUUUGUGUAAUGGACACGGCUUGCAUUUAUUUUUAUUGAAUGAUGCUUAUUAUCUGAGCAAACCUGAAUAUUCAUCUGGUAUUCCACCUUCUAAUAAAGAGAUCUCAAUUAAGAUAAUUAUAUCAAUUAAGAUUUAUGUCGACACAGUAAUAAACUUUUGACCAGAAUAAUUUAUGUUGACCCAAAUUAUUUUAUAGAGACAAUGUUUCCAUAUGUAAUAUCUCUGCGAUUGUAACGCUCAGGGAAGAAUAAAUAAGAUUAGCGGGACUUAUCGGAAUAGUUUUAAGUUACUCUAUUAUUAAAUAAAUUGUAUAUGAAUUUUA